AUGGAUCCGAUGGAUGGAGGUGACGGUGUCGACAACAAACAUAGUAGGACGUAUCAGGCAUGUAUACCAUGUCGGCGUCGCAAGGUCCGAUGCGAUCUUGGUCCAGUAGAUAACCCCCACGAUCCACCAUGCGUACGCUGUCGUCGCGAAGCAAAAGAAUGUUUCUUCUCGGCCACAAGGAGGAAGAAGAGAGCUGCCGAUUCUGGUACAACUGGCGAUGAAGUCGACCCGAAUGAUUAUGAGAUUAGAGGAGGACGUAAGAGGUUGAAGGAAGGUGUUGCUGAAUCGGUCGACUCGGAUACUCGCAGUGUGCAUUCGCCUGUACCUGUCGCUGCAGCGUAUAUACCCCGACCCUUGACGCCUGGAGGUUCUAUGGGCAGGCAACAGCCUUUACGCCGACCUCAUUCAACAUCACAGACGCCAUAUCCGCAUGAUGAAGCCGAUGAUCAUGUCAACAGCCAUACGGCAGCUCUUCUGCAAACCGCCGAACUGCACAACGGACAUGAUGCAUUGAACGUGCUGAUCGAAGCUGCCACAACCCACCACCGCACCGGAAGUGCCAGCGAUGUCAACAAGUAUGCUUCAUCACUACCUAGUCCUGCAGUUCUACCAGCCCCCAUGACUUCCAAACCACCGCCUCCCGAUUCCUCGAUCGAUCCUGCUAUUAUGCAGCAACCGCCUUCCACAGCUCGACCUUCUUCUUCAGCCGACUAUGCUUCAGCGUAUGCCGCCUGGGCACGCUUCCGGUUUGUUCGCAAUGGCUGGUUUACGACCAAGGAAGGAAUGGAGUACAUUGAGUACUUUUACACAUAUAUGUCUCCUCUGACACCGAUCGCUCUUCCGGAUUACCGUGGACCUGAUAAACAUGCCGCGCUGCUGGAGAAUGAACCCAUGCUUGCCGUCACCAUGCUCAUGAUUGCAUCGCGGUACAUGACAUUGUCUGGACCUGGUGCUCAAAGCCGUUCACACGCCAUCCAUUCCCGACUCUGGCCAUUCGUACAACGCAUGAUUGAUCGAAUUGUUUGGGGUCGCGAAUUAUCUGGAACCACACUCCAUCCUGAUGAGACUCAACCUGGUUGUGAUGUGAAUCCUUUGUCGAGAAAAGGUCUUCUUACUUUAGGUACAGUCGAAAGUCUGCUGCUAUUGACGGAGUGGCAUCCAAGGAUGAUGCACUUCCCUGCAGAUGAGGACGAUACCCAACUCAUGGCUCCUGUGGAUCCAAUGGCAUCAAUCAAUGAGAGCACAUCAAGCCCGGAUAAGGGACAAGGAGGUCAUGCAUUAACUUCAUGGCUCGAACCAGUCUUCAGAAGCGACCGCAUGUGUUGGGUGCUUCUGAACAUGGCAAUGACAAUAGCUUCUCAGAUCGGUGUUUUUGAUGCAGACUGCUCGAGACAUCUUCAAGCUGUAUCUCCAGUUGAACAGGAAAUCUAUCAGCGAAGACGGCUCCACAUCAAGAGCGUCAUUCUUGGAUACAUUACACAAACGAGUGGACGUAUGGGUGUUACGGCUAUGCUUCCUCAAGGGUACGCGGAACCUUCGCUGAGUGAAUUGUAUAACCCGAAGAGGUCGAGCUUCAAGGAUACCAAGGACAUUGUACUGCAUUUCUGGUUACGUCUUGCGACAUUGGUCAAGAUCAACAAUGAAGAGCUAUAUGCCAAUCGACAACAAACUCGCGAUAUCAUCAAGACUGGAAAGUAUAGGGAAUUGCUACAGCGCAUCAAGCCUUCAUUAGUGCAAUGGCGAAGGGAGUUUGAAGCUUACAGAAACAUUCCCAUCCUCCUCCGUCAUGUCCUUAUAAUUGAGUAUGAACACACUCGCGUAAUCCUCCACCAACUAGCCCUUCAAGCUGUUGUAGAGAGAUGCGCAAACAACAACACCGGAGCUGCUGGCAAAAUCAUUCCACCCAACGUCCUCGAUCAAUGGUUCGGCAGCGACAGACAGCAUGUCGAUGAAGUAAUGCAAGCAUGUCGUAACGUCCUCCGCGUCGUGGUCGAUGGCCUAGCACCAGGCGGAUACCUCAAACACGCACCCGUGCGCACAUUCUUCCGCAUUGUGUCUGUGACAUUGGUGCUCGUCAAGACCUUUGCAUUCGGCGCCUUCGAAAACGAAAUGGCACUAUCCCUAAACCUCAUGGAUCGCACAGUAGAAGUGAUGCGUAACUGCGUCGUCGACGACGUACACCUCAGCAACCGCUUCUCCAACUUCCUAGAAGUGAUAACAAACCGCCUCCGCCCCAUGAUCAUACGCAUGUCCAGAACCAACGGCUCUACCUCGAAUCAUGCGGUUUCUAGGGUUUCGUCCAGACCAGCUAGUCCUGGACAAGGUCAGCAAAACAGGACUACGGAACAUAUGCCUGCUUAUCCCUUAAACCCUUACGAUAAUAGCACAGGUGGUAAUGGGAAUGGGAAUGGUGGUAGAGAGGGUGAACAGCAGCAACAGCAUAAUAACCCAGCUCUAUACGGCAUCAGCACCCAAUCCUACGAUCUCACCGACAACCCUGGAAACUUUUCAAUCAUGCCGCCGCCGGGCUAUCCGCCUGGAAACACUUCUACAACCCAACCUUCCCCAUCUAUGCAUCAUGCUUCUCUGCAUCAGCAAAACAUCGGAUCUGAUGAUUAUGGGUAUAAUGCGUUUGGCGAGGGCUUUGGCGCUGAUGAUGGGAGUUACGAUUGGCUGGCUUUGCCGCUGGAUCCUAUCUUACAGGCUGGAGGGGGAGAUGUCACGGCCAAUUGUUUCGGGCCGGGGAUUGGUGAGUUUGAUAUGUUGGAGGUUUUGCUGGGCGGUGGUGGGCAAGGGCAAGGGCAAGGACAAGGAAAUGGACAUCAAGGGCAGCAUUAG